CUCUUUUUUCUCUCAGAGUUCCUUUUAUAUAAUUCUAUGUUGGAGCAGGCUAGUUUUAGUCUAUGAGUGUUAACGACUACUCAUAUUCUUACCGUCCAACCUGUAGACGACUUGUUUGGCUUUCUCUUUCUCGACUUUUAACACUACUUGUACCUGAUUUUGUUCUUCAUCAUGUAGGAGGCAUGACAUCUCCAGCCAUGCGUAUAGCUUGGCGUGAGAAGAUAGCACUCUUGUUUCUUUUUCUUUUAUCAUCUGCAUUUUUUUGUUUUUGGCUGGAAUAUGUAUCAAUGUAUUUUUGUGAUCCUGAAAGAAUAUAUGAUUAUGAUCUUGUCUUUUCAAAUGACUCAAAGUUCUCGGCUAUUAAUGGCAAAGUGGUUGAUUGGCGACAUGUAUCCAAUAACCCAAUGGUUGACUUUGUCAAUAAUUAUUCUCAUCAUGAUUUAUCAGCCAAUUUUCCCAGAUUUAUGAUGCUGAGUCGUACGACAACCAAUACGCCUUAUUCGGAUAGUAUCAUCAAUGACUGCGUGUAUUAUCAAAAUAGAGCAUCUGCUGCUGAUGCUUGGUUAAACUAUCUUCUCUCAAUUGAUGAUGGUUAUGUUUAUGACAAGGCAAGCAAGACGCUUUUAGAAUGUCCUGUACCAAACCAUCCUAAUAUAACUGGUGCACCCUGUUUUUAUAGUUCAGAUUAUAACUCUCUCUUUUAUGAUUUGCCGAUAAAAGGAGAUAUUCAGUAUGAUCCAUCAGUAGUUCAAUCGUCUUAUAAUGCAUUACCUUCAGCAACAAACUAUACCAGACAAGCCUAUGUGAUUUUAGACGGAUAUGUACUUGAUGUAACAGCCUAUUUAAGAGGUGCAACCACAGUCAUUCCUAUCUCCUCAACUGUCAGUUCUCGGUCUUUUGCACUUGAUCGUAUGUUCUUGCCUCUUGAUCUUACCAUCUUUCUAUACAUCAAUCUUGGAAAAGAUAUUUCUGAUUACUUUGAUGGCAACGUAACAGAAAGCCCGACUCUUUAUCGACAAUGCCUUGUUCAUUUGUUUAAGAAGGGUAUUGUACCUUCGCAUGUUUCUUCUGGCUGUGCCCAAAUCAAUCCUGCUCUUUGGGCUACGAUGGGUGCAGGUCUUGUUUAUUUCAUCAUUAGAGCUAGUCUUACUUAUAUUUCCCGGGUCUCUUUUGUUCAACGGUUCUUGUUUUCACCUAUACCAGAAAACACUUCGGUCACACUUUAUCACCAAUGGCCAUAUACAGUACUUUUAGUCCCCUGUUUUGCUGAAUCGUUUGAUACGCUCAAGAUGACAGUCGAUAGCUUAUCUCGAUCCACCUAUGAAGAUAGUAAAAAAUUAUUGUUGUUUGUCUGUGAUGGUAUCACAACUAGUGCUCAAGAACAAAAACACACGCAUGAUCUAUUACUUGAAUAUUUAGGCUACAGUUGUAAAGAUGAUCCACUUUGCCAUCCAUACACUUCACUUGGACAGAACAAAAAGAAAAUCAACCAUGCCCGUGUUUAUUCUGGGUUCUAUGAGACUGGUCGUAACCGUGUGCCUUAUUUGAUAAUUGUCAAAAUUGGUCAACCUCAAGAAGAAACAGACUAUUAUCAAAGCCAUAUGUCUACAGCGCCACCAGGAAAUCGAGGCAAGCGCGAUUCAAUUGUGCUGGUUCUUGGCUUCUUUGAGCGUUGUAUGAACUUGGCCAACAAUCGACUUACACCUUUAGAAUAUGAAAUCUUUAAUCAGUGUUACAAUGUGCUUGGUAUUGAUCCUAGGCAGCUAAAGUAUAUGAUGGUGACAGAUGCAGAUAUCCAGGUUCAGAGUGAUGUUGUGCAGAAACUAGUAUCACGCUUAGAGGGAGACAAACGCAUGCUGGCUGUCAGUGGGCAUGUACGUCCUGCAAACCCCGAGCAAAAUUUGAUUACCAUGCUACAGAUAUUUCCAGUCUAUUUAUCAUUCUAUUCAGGAUUAGCUUAUGAAGCUUGUAUGCGUAGUGUCAUGACGAUUACUGGAGGUCUUGUUAUGUACAAACUCUGGACCGAAAACAAGCCUCAACCAUUAGACGAUAAGUCCAUCAAGAGAUACAAACUAUCAAAGCAACAAAAUCCUCGAAGACCUUCUCCUAUCAGCAAAUGGCCAAAAAUCAGUGAUGAGAUUAUUGUGACAAAUCCAUUCAGUGGUAGCCGAACAAGCUCAUUGACGAAUGAUACAGUGACGACGAUCACUACUAUUACAACCACUGCUACAAAUCGACAUCCAUCGCAAAGACAACGAGUACAUUCAAAAGGUUUGAGUAGUUUUGAGAGUACCCAGCGCUCUUCUACUAGACCGGAAUCUCGGCUCUCAUUAUCACCUAGUCUUGAUGUACAGUUGUGUUGUGCCCAUCCCACAGUUUUGCGUAGUCUUGCAGUACUUCAAGCCGAUACCAUGCAUAUGCAAAAUGUACUAUUGUUAGGUGAAGAAAGAGUGCUAUCCCUUGUCUUGUUGAAAUCGCAUCCUAAUCAUCGACUGGGGUUCGAGCCUGAAGCAAUUGGUUAUGCUACUUUGCCUACCAGCUUGUUUUCUUUACAAGGUCAACAGAUCCGACGUCUUCGGUCUGCUUUUCAUACACAAUUGGAAAUUCAACGCAUCGCAUGGCAAUUGGGCUUUACGUAUUGGCUCUUGUCUACCACAGAACUUAUUGAUAUAGUGUUUUCCAUGCCAGUUAUUCUCUACUUGUACAACAUUUUUGGCCGAUCUUUAGAGAAACUAGGCUUGUCGUAUUUUAUUAUUGCCUGUUCAUUCUUGGGUCUUGCCGUACUUCAUAUCAUAUUUUUUUUACUUCGACGUCAAUUUAGGUAUGUCCUGUGGUUCAUGUUGUAUUGUGUGAUUUCUUUGCCAUUGUUCCAUGUAUAUUUUCCUCUGUUGGCUAUCUGGCAAAGCAAUUACUCUGAAUAUUGGUAUGAUGUUUGGCCAACAGCAGCUGGUCGCCGUUCUCGCCUCCAUGGUCUUGUUGACCACACAGUGACCCAAAAACCACAAAAUAACCAAGCAGUUCUUCCCGAAAAACUUCCCAAGGAUACAAUUCCUUCUCAAAAGACAUCCAGACAAAGUGCAUAUGCCUUACAAAAGCCUCUAGGUGAGCAUGGAGAAGAAGCUGUACCAAGAAUGCGAUUAAGCGAAUAUGAAGUAUUUGAAGCAAAGCGGUUGCAUCAAGCCGCAGAAGCUGCAUUGGAUUCCAAAUUUGCUGAUUUUACUGGAUUUGCUCAUGAAGGACUCAAUGAGUCUCAGUUGGUAGAAUCCCUGGUCACUUCGCCUCCAUUAGCUCAAGUGAGAGAAGGAGUGCAUUCAACUCGAAAUAUAGGAAACUAUCGCCCUUCAAGUGUUGAACUGUAUGACUUUAAACAUCGAUACCCAAACAACAGGUUCGACGAUAAACCUGAUUCACCUAUAUCCAAUCCUAGUCCUCGUGUAGAACAAGAAAACCCAUUUGACGAUAGUUAUUCUAUUAUUGUUAGGGAUUAUUCUGAGGAAAACAACCGUGCUCGACAUCAGCAUCGUCCAACAUAUUCCCAAUCCUCCUAUCUUACAAAUAGCAGUGACAAUUACUAUGCUCUAAAACAAAAUACAUUUCAUCAUAAUCUUGAUUUGGACGGUAUUGCUACUUUACCAACAAGUCUUAAUAGCAGUGGAUUUGCAAAGACGCCAAACACCGAAUCGCUUUUAGUAGACGAGAUCUUACAGGCAGAUCAAGCAGAAGAAGCUUAUGCUCAAGACGACCGUACUUCUACACUAUCUAUCUCAUCCAAUACUUUCUCUAUUCGUUCGCCUGAAGAUCAUAAUUCGUCUACUUUUGUACCACGGCAUCGAAUAGGAAACUAUGAUUCUAAAGCAUCAUUUCCUGAAGACCACCUUCAUGAAGGCCGACAUCGUGCUGUGCAUAACCUGACUACUUUACAACAACAUGGUUCUCACGCCAAACUUCGACAGCAGUUUGAAAAUCAUGCAACAAUGCGCAUGAACUUGAUGCUCAAGCCUAAAAAGCCCAAAAAAAUACCAGCUAUGCCAUCUUCUAGUUCGCUUUCUCGACAUUAUUAUGAAACGCCUAAAUCUAACUUGAUUACAAACGAUAUGAAUUUAGCUCAGGUACAAGGAACAAUCAAAGCUGAAAUUCACGAUUAUUUACAGGUGGUGGAUUUAGAAUCAACAACAAGAGCUCAAGUAAAAGCACACUUGAUUGAGCAUUUUGGUCCUCAACGAAUUAAUGAAAAUGAUGAAGAGCUUAUGAAUUUUGUGAAUAUUUGUAUUGAAGAGAUUACAUUUUCGUUUUUAAAUCCCAUUGAAUAAAUGAAUAAAUGGCUGUCACGUAUUCGGGAAAAUCAUA